GCGAUCGUACGCAUGUGAUGUAUCGAAAUCAGUGCUCUUCCAGACGCUACUCCGAAUUGGUCGCUUUCCGACGAGUGGCACGAUGAAGUUAAUCCUGUUUGUUUUGUGUGGAAUGUACUACGCUUUCGUACAACCGGUGACUGCAACGGAUGCUGACAUGUUAGCAGAUGAGGUAGAAAAGUUGGGUGACCGGGGACCUUUGCUGGUCGAUAACUACAUACCCGUGACAAUGCAAAUACUGCAUCAUUGCAUCGAGAUGAUACAAUACGAACCAACGAUGACACCACCGCCAGCCGAAGCAGGGACAACCCCACUAACAACUACAAAACGACCAACGACAACGUCUUCAGCUCCAACACCAACUAGCGUAGCUACUACUACCAAUAAGUCACCACCAGAAUCACCUUUAACUACAGCUAAACCCGCAGAUACAACCCUGUUCCCAACCAGUCCCCAUAAGCCAGGAUAUUACGGGCCAGAAAAACCUCCACCAACAGCAGUAACUACGACGCGCAAAACACCCUCGACCAGCACUACGACGACAACCGAGACACCGAAAGUGAACGAAAGUCCGGCUACUACGGAAAGUUUGCUCUGGAGUGACAAACCAUUUACUGAGUGGUUCUUGCAAAGCAAACGCAAGAAGAUACAGCAGCCAUCCUUGCUGGACGCACAGCUGCUCGAUCCGUUACCGGCCAAGGUACUGCAGGAUUUCAACCGAGAACCUUAUGAGCCACUCGCCCUACGUCCGGAAGAUAAUGCGAACGAGUUUCGCCGUCUGUAUGAUGACAACUAUCGAGGACCAAUAUCCGUGCUGGUGCUGGAGAAGGGAACUAAAAAGGGAGGCAAAAAGCGUGUGCCACCAACGAAACCCUAUCUGCAUAUGCUCGUUCUGUACGAUCUCUUGAAGCGUGAAGCCAAGAAAAACAUGUACAGCAUCUACGAGGGAUAUUCGGAAGCAAUUCUAAAUGAACUGUACCAGAUGAAUUUUGUGACAGCAAAGGAUCAGCUGCACUACGCUCUAACACAACUGUUGGAGCGAAAGGAUAUCGAGAAGUCGGACGUAGUUUCACGCUCGAAGCAGAUGAUAACUGACUUAAACACUCGCAAUAGUGCGAUAACAAUGGCGCUGGAAGUAGUGCCUCCGCUACGGUUUGGAUUGUGAUUUAGGUAACUAGUGCCACCAGCCUGUACUUUAAAA